AGAUGCUCAAGGAAUUUGUUUAUGGUUAGUGCUAACUGCUAACCUUUGGAUUACGCAACUUUUAUCACAAUGACAACCUUGUACCGCAGUGGGACUUUCAGAAGAACGAACGAUAGAUCCAGACUAGUUAUAACGUCAAUUAUGGGAAUGGUUUUAGGAUAUUUUAUUGGCAUUUCAUCUCCAUAUGUUUCUCUAACAAAGAUUAGUUUACCUUCAAAUCUUGUAUCAUCUCUAGCGUUUGGCGAUGACCAUCGUAGACCUUCUAUUGAACGCUUUUUUCCAGAGCAUCUUGUAACUCCACAGAUAUAUGUUCCAACAAAUCCUCGCGGUGCAGAGUCCUUGCCACCACGGAUUGUGGUCCCUGAAUCAGAUUUUUAUCUGAGAAGGUUGUGGGGUGAACCAAGUAAGCGUCAUUUGGACAUUUGCAUUAACAGAAAGGAGAAGCAUGAUCUAAUAAAGAAGCCAAAGUACUUGGUGACAUUUACUGUUGGUUUGAACCAAAAGGACAACAUUGAUGCAGCUGUUAAAAAGUUUUCAGAGGACUUUCAAAUUUUGCUUUUCCAUUAUGAUGGUCGAACAAGUGAGUGGGAUGAGUUUGAGUGGUCCAAGCGUGCAGUUCAUAUCAGUGUUAGGAAGCAGACCAAAUGGUGGUAUGCAAAGAGAUUUUUACAUCCUGAUGUAGUAGCUGCCUAUGAUUACAUAUUUAUAUGGGAUGAAGAUCUUGGAGUUGAGAACUUCAAUGCAGAGAAGUAUAUUAGACUAGUUAAAAGACAUGGUCUUGAGAUUUCUCAGCCUGGUCUUGAACCCAACAGUGGACUGACAUGGCAAAUGACUAAGAGGAGGGAUGAUAGAGAAGUUCACAAGAAUACUGAUGAGAAACCAGGCUGGUGCAGUAAUCCACGUUUGCCUCCUUGUGCAGCCUUUGUUGAAAUAAUGGCUCCUGUGUUCUCUAGAGAAGCAUGGCGAUGUGUUUGGCAUAUGAUUCAGAAUGAUUUGGUGCAUGGAUGGGGAUUGGAUUUUGCAUUGAGAAGAUGUGUAGAGCCUGCUCAUGAAAAAAUUGGCGUUGUUGAUUCGCAGUGGAUAGUACAUCAAUUUGUUCCUUCUCUUGGGAGUCAGGGUGAGACUGAGAAUGGCAAAGCUCCUUGGGAAGGGGUAAGAGAGAGGUGUACAAAUGAGUGGGCUAUGUUUCAAGAUCGUUUAGCCAAUGCUGAUGAAUCUUAUUUUGUGCAACAUGGAAAGAGUAGAAUAUAAAACUCUUGCAAUUACUUUCGAACAUCACACAUUUUUUUUU